GUUGUUAACUACUUAUAAAUAUAACCCGAAUCUUGCGCUUCUUGUGUUGCUUCUAUCUCAUUUUCUUUGUUGCUUUCCCCUUCAAAACUCAGUGUGAUAACAAGUGUUGUUGCUUUGCUUCUUGUGUUCGUUUUCAUUCUAUUUUUCUUCAUGCGUGCAAGCAAUUAUUAACUAUACGUUUUCUUGCUUCUUAAUACCUUUAAGAUUCUGCAUUCAUCUUCCACCACAAUUUCUUUCAUCACCCUUUUUAGGUAACUAGCCAUAUAUACUUUCUUCAUUGUCGCUGUCUUGGAUUCAUUAUCGUAUUCCAUCUCUUUCAAAGAGCGUUUCUCAAUUGAAGUCAUAAUGGGGAGUCAUGUGAGCAAGAAGACUCCAGGAACAUCAUCUGCGGUUAAUUUUACGACUACUGAAUUGCACUACAAAACUGAACUAAGCUCCUAUGAAGCGGCAUGCAAGGUAGAUAUAGAUUUGCAGACAUUUGAUUCAACGCUUCAAACUAGGACAAAUCAAGUCAUUAAUACUCUAGCUUCCGGCGUAGAAGUUCGCGCUCUUUCGUUCGAUUCGUUAAAACAAAUCACAGAAUGUCUCCUUGAGAUGAAUCAGGAAGUUGUGAAAGUAAUCUUGGACUGCAAGAAAGACAUAUGGAAAAGUGAGGAUCUGUUUGAAUUAGUGGAAGAAUAUUUUGAAAACAGUUUACAAACAUUGGAUUUCUGCACUGCAUUGGAAAAGUGUUUGAAAAGAGCUAGGGAUAGCCAGUUGCUUAUUCUCGUAGCGAUUCAGCGGUUCGAAGAAGAAUCUGAAUCCGAAGAUAAAUGCUACUUAAGAACAUUACAAGAAUUGAAGAAUUUUAAAACAGCGGGUGAUCCUUUCACGGAAGAGUUUUUCCAAAUCUUUCAAUCUGUUUAUAGACAACAGAUUUUAAUGCUGGAGAAGCUUCAACUGAGAAAGAACAAGCUCGAUAAGAAGCUGAAUCGCAUUCAUUCAUGGAGGAAAGUUUCGAGUAUGAUAUUUGUGGCUACUUUCGCAGCUGUUUUAAUAUGUUCGGUUGUGGCAGCAGCUAUUGCUGCUCCGGCGGUUGCUGCGGCGUUAGCCGCAGCAUCAGCGAUCCCGAUCGGAUCGAUGGGGAAAUGGAUUGAUUCGCUUUGGAGAAACUAUGAGAAUGCAUUGAAAGGACAGAAAGAAGUUAUUGGUUCAAUGCAGGCUGGGACUUAUGUAGCUAUUAAAGAUCUGGACAAUAUUCGCGUACUUAUCGAUCGGCUUGAAAUCGAGAUCGAAUCUUUGUUGCAUAAUGUUGAUUUUGCGAUUGAAGAAGAAGCUGUGAAGAUUGGAAUUGAGGAGAUAAAGAAGAAGCUUGGUGUGUUUAUGAAGAAUGUUGAAGAUUUAGGAGUUCAAGCUGAUGUUUGUAGCAGGGACAUUAGGAGAGCAAGAACUGUUGUGCUGCAGAGAAUCAUAAAACAUCCUCACGUUUGAAGUUGAAGAAUUACGUUUUAUGUUGUUGGUGUUUGUUAAUUAUGUUCGGAGAAACAUAUUUUGAUUAUAUAUGUAUGUUAUGAAAUUUAUUUAUUUAUUUAUUAUGGAUCCAUGCAUAAAUGGGUUUGUGUUGGUGAAGAUAAUAUAAUAGGACAUUUAUGUCUUUACA